CACCCAUCAGUUCUGGCAGCGCAUGCGCCGAGCCGGCGGGCCGGAGAAUUGUCGGCUGGGAAAUGGCGGCCGCGGGCUCGGUCGCUGUGGCCACGGCUGCAGAGUACUCUGGCCCAGUUGCUGCGGGAAGUAACCUCUCCAGUGUUAACUGCGGCCCAAGCUCCGGGGCAGGCCCUGGUCCUGGCCCGGGCUCGUGGAGCCGCUCCCUCGAUCGAGCGCUGGAGGAGGCGGCGGUAACCGGGGUGCUGAGCCUGAGCGGCCGGAAACUGAGGGAGUUUCCCCGGGGAGCGGCCAACCACGACCUGACGGACACGACCCGGGCGGAUCUAUCUCGAAAUCGUCUCUCAGAAAUUCCCAUAGAAGCAUGUCACUUUGUUUCUCUUGAGAAUCUCAACUUGUACCAAAAUUGUAUUCGGUAUAUACCAGAGGCAAUUCUAAACCUGCAAGCUCUAACAUUCUUAAAUGUUAGUCGGAACCAACUAUCAACUUUCCCAGUACACUUGUGUAAUUUACCAUUGAAAGUCCUAAUUGCUAGUAAUAACAAAUUGGUUUCGCUUCCAGAAGAAAUUGGACUUCUCAGACAUUUAACAGAACUUGAUGUGAGCUGCAAUGAAAUUCAAACAAUACCUUCUCAAGUUGGUAACUUGGAGGCCUUGAGAGACCUUAAUGUAAGAAGAAAUCACUUAGUACGUUUGCCUGAAGAACUAGCCGAGUUGCCUUUGAUACGGUUAGACUUGUCCUGCAAUAAAAUUACAACAAUCCCAGUUUGUUACCGGAACCUCAGGCACCUGCAGAUGAUCAUCCUAGAUAACAAUCCACUGCAGUCUCCUCCUGCACAGAUAUGUAUAAAAGGCAAAAUCCACAUAUUUAAAUACUUGAACAUACAAGCUUGUAAGAUCACUCCAGAUCUGCCAGAUUUUGACAGGAGACCCUUGGGUUUUGGCUCAUGCCAUGAAGAACUGUACUCAGGUCGCCCUUAUGGAGCCCUUGAUUCAGGCUUCAAUAGUGUGGACAGUGGUGAUAAGAGAUGGUCAGGGAAUGAACCUACAGAUGAAUUUUCAGAUCUGCCUCUUCGAGUAGCAGAAAUUACUAAAGAACAAAGACUACGGAGAGAAACCCAGUAUCAGGAGAAUCGCAGCAGCUUAGUUGUAACAAAUGGUGGAGUGGAGCAUGAUCUGGAUCAGAUCGACUACAUUGACAGCUGUACUGCAGAGGAAGAAGAGGAUGAGGUGAGACAGCCCAAGGGCCUGCACUCAGACAGCCUCAGUUCACAGUUUGUGGCCUAUAUUGAACAACGGCGAAUCUCUCAUGAGGGUUCACCAAUAAAGCCAGUACCCCUGAGGGAGUUUCAAAAAACAGAAGACAUGAGAAGAUACUCCCAACAAAUCAGGGUUCCAGUUGAAUCAUCUUCUCUCUUGUCACUAUCACCAAGUCAUACUCAGUUGUCACAUACAGACUUAGAACCGCAUCGGAGAAGAGAACAAUUAGUAGAGCAUACUCGGAGAGAGGCACAGCUUGCUGCCUUACAGUAUGAGGAGGAGAAAAUAAGGACAAAGCAGAUUCAGAGUGAUGUUGUCCUGGACUUUGUCAAGUCGCUGUCAGGGUUGAACCAAGUGGGCUGUGCUGCUCCACUGCCUCAUUCUUCUGCCUUCAUGCCUCCUAAGAAUAAUGACAGAUCUAAUGCCAUAUCAAGUUCACCUACAACAGAAACAGUCCAUCAUUCCCCUGCAUAUUCCUUUCCCACUGCUGGUCUCCUGAGAAACCAUCCCCAGCGCCCUGAGAGCUUCCUUUUCCGAGCAGCCGUCAGGGCAGAAACAAACAAAGGUCAUGCUUUACCUCUUCUUUCAUCUUCUGCAUCUACCACUGAUUCAGCAGAUCCCAUAACAAGACAGAAUUCAAGACAGAGAGAAGAAGAGCUGGAAUUAAUAGAUCAACUGCGGAAACAUAUUGAGUACCGGUUGAAAGUAUCUCUACCUUGUGAUCUUGGAGCCGCUUUAACCGAUGGUGUUGUUCUUUGCCACUUGGCCAAUCAUGUGCGGCCUCGGUCCGUCCCAAGCAUUCACGUCCCUUCACCAGCUGUACCUAAAUUAACAAUGGCAAAAUGCAGGCGAAAUGUGGAGAAUUUCCUAGAAGCUUGCAGAAAAAUUGGUGUACCUCAGGACAAUCUUUGUUCCCCUUCUGACAUCCUCCAGCUAAACCUCAGCGUUAAAAGAACUGUUGAAACACUCCUUUCUCUUGGGGCACAUUCAGAAGAAUCCAGUUUUGUCUCUCUAUCUAUCCAGCUUUUGGGUUUUGUGGCAUUUUACUGUACUUUAAUGUUAACUCUCUGUAUGCUUUAUUACUGGAGCUUCCCCCUCUAGCUGAAAGAUUGCAUUCCAGUGACUUUCUACCUCAUUCCUGUGCUUGGUAAAGGAGGUUUGUUUCUUGUUCAAAGUGUUUACAUACAUGUUUUUUUCCCCUGGCCAUCAAAGAGCUAUCCAGUAAAGCAGAUAAAUCCUUUACUCCUAUGUCCACACAAGCAGCCCAUCACUUUAGUAAGCAUUUGUGAUUGCUAACAGAGUAAAAGACCAUUUUUUUCCCCUGGUCAUUUUGUUUCUCAUAAAUGCUGAAGCAUUUCUUUCUACUAAUACAAUCCAGAGCCUCUUCUUGGGAUAUGGCUUAGAACUUUAUUUCCAAAUGACAUAAAAUUCCCUUCUGGCUAUUUUUCUGUGCUUCACCACAACUUACAUGUUGAAACUGUGAGUUGCAGAGCCUUUUCAACAGCUGCUCAAAAUGAAAAUUGUUUUACCCUUUCCGGGUUAGGGGACACCUGGUCACUUGGAUCUCUGCAUUCAGUUGUGUCCUGAAAUCCUAAAAUCUCCCUUUAUCGGAAGGUACAGGUACACCUAAGGAUUUGCUAUCCGGAUAUGUGGAAGGCACUGCUGUUUAAUCUUAAUAAUUUUAAUUUGACCAGAAUACACAGUCCAAAGAUCAUGCAGAUUCCCUAGAGUACUAUCCUGAGCCUAGUGUGUACACCUGUUUAUAUUUACUGUUUGUUACCUUUAAGUGAGUUCAUUUUUGGAAUCCUAUUUAGAAUUUAAGACUGUAAUUUAUUUAAUUUCUAAUAUAUCUGAACCAGUUUCAAAUAGGCCAACUUAUAUUUUAUAGGCAGUUAAGAUUGUAUCUGAACAGCAGCAGAUAAAGAAAGUAUUAGGCAGCAGUCUCUGUUCUGUACCCAAGGCAGUGAGUAUUGUCUCCUUCAGAAUGAUUAGUAUAUUAGCUGCUAUCUUAAUGCUUGAAACUGCUUUAUAGUUGCAUUCAGAUUCUAAUUCUCAGUAUUUCUGAACUCUGUUAACAAAAUUAGACAACUAAACUCUGUAAGUAUGAAGGGAAAUUGCAAGGAACAUGUCAUCCUGUUGUAGAAGUCAGCCUGAAGGUCUGAUUGUUUUGGUUUUCUUUCAUAUUAAAUGGGACAAUUAUUUAACACAUAAGUUUACUGGUAAUGCUGAAACAUCAAGCACUGUGUUGAAAAUGUCAGGUUUAUACAGUAGCGGUGCCUCCCGGCAUUUGGGAGUUUUGGGUUUGUUUGUCGUUAAGACAUCUCUGAGUCAGAGGUCAUUCAGUUUUGUCCCUUUUAAGAAAACACCUGAUAAAAAGCACAUGGUCUCCUCUGUAGUUUGAGAGGAAAAAAUUGUACCUUCUCUUCAGAACAGUGUUCUAAGCCAGCAGGAAGGUAAAUAUGCAUCUGGAAAGCAUGACCCUCUGCAGGAAUGUCUAAGCCAUAGGCUGCCCAGGUCACAGGGCACGAGGAGAUCGAGGAAUUGCCCUUGGACAGAAUAUGUCUCUCCCAAAAGCAAAGCACCAUGCAGGUUGAUUUCAAGUACAAUCUGUACUUGCAGUUGUACUCUUAAGUAUUUAUGUAUAGUUGCUAGUUUUAUAAGAUCAAAAGAUUGUUUUAUCAGAAGUAACUAAGAACCAUAAGUACCAAUAACUGCUCAAAAUAAAUACUCAUAUUUUUUUAUUGCAACUGGUUUUAUAAAAUUCUCUAAUAAUAUAGUAAAUGCCAAUGAAAAGCUGAGAAAAGCCAGUUACCUUUUUUAAUAAAUACGUAUAGUGUCUUCUAUAGUAGAACAGAAUGCCACUUUCUGUCCUGUGUGAGAGCAAUCUCUUUUUGAACACUUAGUCUUAAAAGAAAAAUGAGCAAUAGGUGUUAAGCUUAAGCUAGGCCUUUUUCUCUUACAAGCAAGGAGUAAUCAAACACAGUAAUGUGACAACUUCUUAAGCAAACAACUAAACACUUUUCAAAUAUAUGGUAGUUAAGAUGUUCCUGGCUAAACUCACAUUAUAGUUCUCUAGCAUAAUUUAAUCCAUUAAAUACCAGGACACAAAAUACUUAAGUUUUUCAAAUACAGUAUCUUUUUUUUUUUUUUCAAUCUGUAGUUUAGAUUUUUCACUAAUUCAAACUGGGUCUUCCAUGAAUUACUAAAGGUAGGGGAUAGUUUCUCAAAUACUUCUAAAUAUCAAGGAUACACUUCAGUUCUCUCCUGUGAUCCCCGCCUGGUAUGAGAACCCUGAUUUUCACAAUCAGGGUAUAACACGUGUAGUGGUGUCCCUGUCAGGCUGUUCAAGUGAUGGAGUGAAACCAUUUUGCGUUCCUGUGGUAUGUCAUUUCCAAAGUGCUUCCUCCUACGAUGUUGUAUUUUUCAGGCUUGAGCCCCCUGGUAACCUGGAUCUUCUCUUUCCGCCUGCCCUGUUCUGCUGGUCUGUGUCACUCAUUUACUUACCACAGAUGAAGGAUGUUGCUUUCACUCCAUAGCACUUUUUAUUCUCUGUUGUGUAUGUAAGUGUAUGUAAACUUGUCUGUUUCCCAAUUUUCCAAAUGAUCUGUUAUGUACUUUUAGUUGUAUUAAUAAAGUGACGUGAGUGUCAGAUGCCAUUUCUGUGUGACUCCUACUACCCGGGAUGGGCUCCUCAGGUGCUGACUUUCCAUAGCUCAGCUGGUUAUCGUGAGAGGGAGGAGAGAUGCUUUUUUUUUUUUUUUCAGUUCUGUGAUGUUCAUCCUGUAUUUUCUCUUUUGUUUGUUUUUAUGUUACGUUGUCCCA